UCGCACUGUUAAAAUAUUCAUACGAAAUAGCCCAAGAGGGAUUGGAUUGUUAACUCAAGAGAUUUAUACGAGGGCCCCGGGGUUGAGCAAAAAUUUACCUAAUUGGUUGCUAGCGAAUGAAAGUGGGAGGAGAAGAGGUGUCUGAUUUAAAAGGGUUUCUGUUUUGUGUUUUUUUUAGGAAAAUGAGAGAGACCGCGCUUUGGUCUUUAAUGAAACGGCUACAUAGUAUCUAAUUUUUCAAGAUUUCUGACACGUAAUGGCAUAUUUAAGCAUUUAGGAUUUACUAUUGGUCGGGAGUAAACAAAAGGUUGUGCUUAUCUGUGAAUUGUACUAUAUAAAUUAUUUUUGUUAAUAGACUUUUUAACUCUACUAAAAGGAAGAGCUAUACUGCUGGAUUAAACAAUCUCGAGUUUUUAUAGUUCAACUAUUAUAAAUCGUAAUAUAUUAAAGUGUAUUAUAAAACGUACGGAUCUGUGAAGAUGUCGAUUUACAUGGAAGAUUUUAGCAAGAGGAUUUCCAACGGUGGAAUGGCGCAGUUUGAAGAAGUAAUCCGGCAGGAGCUGGAAAAUUCCAUGAAGAAGGAGUUGGAGAAUCUGCUGGCAACAGCGAGUGGGGCCGAUGCAGAGAUUUCAAGGAAGGACUUUGAAGGAUUUAAGAAGCUCUUCCACAGAUUUUUGCAAGAGAAGGGGCCUUCUGUGGACUGGGGGAAGAUUCAGAGACCUCCAGAGGAUUCGAUCCAGCCCUACGACAAGAUCAAGUCCAAGGGCCUGCCAGACAACAUCGCCUCCGUGCUGAACAAACUGGUGGUGGUGAAGCUCAAUGGCGGCCUGGGAACCAGCAUGGGCUGCAAGGGGCCCAAGAGCCUCAUCAGCGUGCGGAACGAGAACACGUUCCUGGACCUCACAGUGCAGCAGAUUGAGCACUUAAAUAAAACCUACAACGCAGACGUGCCCUUGGUUUUAAUGAACUCUUUCAACACAGACGAAGACACAAAGAAGAUUUUACAGAAAUACACACACUGCCGGCUGAAAAUCCACACCUUUAACCAAAGCAGAUAUCCAAGGAUUAACAAGGAAUCUCUCCUUCCGGUAGCGAAGGAUGUGUCCAAGACUGGAGAGAAUGCCGAUGCCUGGUACCCCCCUGGGCAUGGUGACAUAUAUGCUAGCUUCUAUAACUCCGGGCUGCUGGAUCAGUUGAUAAAUGAGGGAAAGGAGUAUAUAUUUGUGUCCAAUAUUGAUAAUCUGGGAGCAACAGUUGAUCUUUAUAUUCUCAAUCACCUGAUGAGCCAACCUAAUGGAAAACGCUGCGAGUUUGUCAUGGAAGUCACUGAUAAGACAAGAGCAGAUGUGAAGGGUGGCACUCUGACACAAUACGGAGGCAAGCUGAGGCUUCUAGAGAUCGCUCAGGUGCCCAAGGCCCAUGUGGACGAGUUCAAGUCAGUCUCCAAGUUCAAGAUCUUCAAUACCAACAACCUGUGGAUCUCGCUGCCGGCCAUCAAGAGGCUGCAGGAGCAGAACGCCCUGGAUAUGGAGAUCAUUGUGAACCCAAAGACUCUGGAUGGGGGCCUGAACGUGAUCCAGCUGGAGACGGCGGUGGGCGCCGCCAUUAAAAGCUUUGACAACGCCCUCGGCAUCAACGUGCCCCGGAGCCGCUUCCUGCCCGUGAAGACCACCUCGGACCUCCUCCUGGUGAUGUCCAAUCUGUACAGCCUCAACGCCGGCUCCCUCACCAUGAGCGAGAAGAGAGAGUUCCCCACCGUGCCCCUGGUCAAGCUGGGCAGCUCCUUCACCAAGGUCCAGGAGUACUUGAUGAGGUUUGAGAGUAUCCCAGACAUGCUAGAACUGGAUCAUCUGACAGUGUCUGGAGAUGUUACCUUUGGAAAGAACGUUUGUCUUAAGGGAACAGUGAUUAUUAUUGCUAAUCAUGGAGAUAGGAUUGACAUACCUGCUGGAGCUUUACUGGAGAACAAGAUUGUGUCAGGAAACCUCCGUAUUCUUGAUCACUGAGGCCCAGUUGCUCAUCUAUAAUUUAGGUAAUGGUAAUGAAGACUGAAUGAUUAAUUCUGGACUGUUACAGAACCAGAGAGUAUGUUCUUUCUUCCCCCUUGUUACAUGUAAUGAAAUUUCACUUACUCUUCCAUUACAGUAUGUCAUUCACUGUUCUUUUUAAGAAUCUUCCCAGUGUUUUUGAGUGGUGCAUCCCUUGGAUUUUAUCAUAACUUAAAGCACAUAGUCUGUAACUAGAGGUCAGAAAGCAGUGGCUGUUCCUGAAAAGGUUCCAGCUGAAAUGCCUGAGCCUUGUCUGAAUUCUAGCUCAGUCCCAGACAGUAAUUAAAGUGCAAUAUGAAAACAAAA